CAGGAAAAUAUGUCGCACUUAUAAGCCUAAGUAAAUGUGCUGAAUGUGAAGAAUCAGGUCCCAAUUAAUAUCGAAGAUACACUAUACACGGUUUUUAUUAGUGUUCGUUCGUUUUAAUCUCUGAAACUAUAAAGAUGACAUUUAUGUUUUGAAUUGUUGAUAAUGCGCCGUUCGUACUAGUGACGGUGAAACGUGUUGAUUUUAAAGACCCGUCCAGUGUUAUGCAAUCAUGCGUGUGCCAGACAAUAACAAUUUACCGAACUUCAACGAUGAAUCUACGAAACCCCGAGAGGAGCUCAUUUCCAUUGCUACAAGGUUUUUGAGUAAUCAGAAGAUACAACAGAGCCCUUUAACAUACAGGCAGAAAUUCCUAAAAUCUAAAGGACUGACAGAUGAAGAAAUCAGCAUUGCCUUUGAGCGUAGCUUCACUCCAUUGCCAGACACUCAGACAUCAAUAGCAAUACCUCCACAACAGAUAAUUCUUCCUCGGCCAACAUUCUGGAGCAGAUUUAGAGAUAUUGGCAACAGUAUAGCACUAAUAGCAGGUGCUCUCUAUGCUUUAUAUCUGUUCUAUAAGAGAUUCUUACACUCAUUUUUCUUUGGGAAGAAAAAGAAGAAAUCUCUUGAAGAUUCUAUUGUGGACUUAGAGAAAUCAUUGACAGGGAAAGUAAAGAGUGUGCAGGAUGAUGUGAAGAAAACUAGUAUUGAAAUUGGACAUUUAAGCAACCUAGUACAAAAUGCAGAUACAACAAGUAGGCACAUCCAAGAUCUCAAGGCAGAGUUCUCCUCACUCAAGAGUGUGCUUCUUAGUGGGUCACAGUUUCCUGUGCCAAAACAGACCCCAUUAGUAUCAACUGCAAUUCCUUCUUGGCAGAUGCCUCAAAAAGAGGAAGGUGGUACAGGAGUGCAAUCCAAGACUGAAGGCGUCAGUGAUGAGGCUUGUGGAUCAGGCUCAAGUGAUCCUGAAAUGAUAAAUAACAAUGGAAGUGAUAGCAGUAUGGAGUUAAUCAGAGAAUAACAUCUCGUAACGAUGUAGUGAUAAAUGUGGCAUCUUGUAGUUCAGAAACACUGUAAUUUGCCAUAUAUUAUAGUGACACAUUAUCAAUGCUUUAAAUGACUGCCAUAAGCUAAGUCGUUGCUCAAUGAUUUUGUAAAACAAAAGUUUUCAGAGCACCAGCAGUGCAGAUUAAAAAAAAAAAAGCUAUUUUUUUAAAAUAUUUUGUAAUGUUGCUAUAUUUGUUAUAGCUCAUGGGCAUUCCGUUUCAUUAUUUCCAUUGUGACUGACUGCAAUGGUUUGUAAUAUUUGAAUUUAUUUAGUAUCAAUUUCAAGCAGUGUGUUGUGAUAUUUCUCAUGGCAGGUAGUCAUUAGUACAUAUAAAAUCAAAGGUAUCUUGAACCAGACUUCAUUUGUUGUUUCUGUAUGGUUCUAGAUAUCACAGGUGGGGGAAAAUAAAUUUUAUUGCAUACAUUAGUGUGAAUUCCAUAUGCUGCAUUUAAGUCUUGUAAUCAUCUGUUCAAUUUUGAGGAAGUGCAGUGUCAGAUUAAUGAAUUGAUAGCUGGCAUUUCACCGAUGCUCAAUGCUUGCUCCUUCUCCUGCCAUGUUCCCCUUUGAGAAGUGACAAUCUGUGAUCUACCUGUUAGUCCAGUUUCCUCCAUCUUUUUAUUUUCCUUUAAUCAAGCUCAGUAAUAUUUGGUUCCACUAGCUAGUGUUUUUACUAUCCUUUUGAUUAUUUGUGUUCCGUCCUUUAGCCUGGAAAAUACUUUAAAGUUGUUUUAACCAUUAUCUGACCACAGUUCCACUUAGGAGAUUGUAUACAGAGUAAACAAAAUUUUCAUCUUGCAGUAAAGUUUUUGCCAGUUGGGCUGUUAGUGAAGUGUGAAUCAAGUAUUGUAUCUUGUACAAGAUAUAAUUUGUAAAUAAAAUGGAAUUUAAUGUGGAGUAUGUUAAA